AUGAAUAGUACACAUAUGUCUUCAUUGGGAGUGAGAAAAGGUACAUGGACUGAUGAAGAAGAUUUUCUUUUAAGAAAAUGUAUUGAUAAGUAUGGUGAAGGAAAAUGGCAUCUUGUUCCUGCUAGAGCUGGUCUGAAUAGAUGUCGAAAAAGUUGUAGACUGAGGUGGCUGAAUUAUCUAAGGCCACAUAUCAAGAGAGGUGACUUUGCUCCGGAUGAAGUGGAUCUCAUUUUGAGGCUUCAUAAGCUUCUAGGCAACAGAUGGUCACUUAUUGCUGGUAGACUUCCAGGAAGGACAGCAAACGAUGUGAAAAACUAUUGGAACACAAACCUUCUAAGGAAGGUAAAUAUUACUACUAAAUUUGUUCCUCAUGAAAAGAUUAACAAUAAGUGUGGAGAAAUUACUAAGAAUGAAAUAAUAAAACCUCAACCGCAAAAGUAUUUCUCAAGCACAAAGAAGAAUAUUACAAACAAUAUUGUAAUUGUGGACAAGGAGGAACAUUGCAAGGAAAUAAUAAGUGAGAAGCAAACUUCAUAUGGAUUGAUGGAAAACGUAGAUCAAUGGUGGACAAAUUUACUGGAAAAUUAUUGCAAUGACGAUGUUGAAGAAGAAGAAGAAGAAGAAGAAGCUGUAACUAAUUAUGAAAAAACACUAACAAGUUUGUUAAAUGGUGAAGGUAACUCCAUGCAACAAGGGCAAAUAAGUCAUGAAAGUUGGGGUGACAUUUCUCUUAAUUUACCACCCAUGCAACUAGGAGAAAAUGAUGAUUUUUCUGCUGAAAUUGACUUAUGGAAUCUACUUGAUUAAAAGAAGUUGUUAUUGUAAGCUUGUAAUAGGGAUACAUUUUUUCUUUAUACUUUGUAUCCCAACUACAAGUUGUUAGGGAAGUAAUGUUGUUAGAGUGGGUUACCAUCCACAUACAUUCAUAAGGGAAUGAACUGGUGGUAAUUUAUUUGUAUGGAUUUGGACAAACUUUUUCUUCACGAGCUAACUUAUGGAGUUGAGUUAGACCCAAGUUUCAUAUAUCUGGAAUUAAUAAGUGCAUAUGCACUAUGAUAUUAUUCAUGUGAUUUUUA